GAUGGCGGCGCCCAGCCCUGCGGUGGCCGUUCCUGCCGCGGAGAACGAGGAGGGCGAUUCGGGGGGCAAAGCCAAGUCCCCGGCCAUCACCCCACAGAAAAUCCGGGAGCUGAUAGAUGGGGGGAUCGCCCCGGAGGAGGGCAGCGUGGAAGGGAAGGAUUCCUCUGCCUUAUACGAAGUAGCAAAUGGGUCUCCCCAGACUGAUGAGCUGCCUUUCGAAGCCACCAGCAAAGAAGCCUACUUCAGUCGAGUGGAAACAUUUACCUCCCUCAAGUGGGCAGGCAAACCCCACGAGUUGUCCCCCCUGAUCUGCGCCAAGUACGGCUGGAGCAACGUCGAGUGCGACAUGUUGAAGUGCGCCAGCUGCCAGGCCUACCUCUGCGCCAGCCUGCACCUGGCUUUCGACUUCAGCAAAUACAAGGAGAGGUGCUUGGAGCUGAGGACAGCGCUGUCGGCUGCUCACGAGAAGUUUUGCUUCUGGCCAGACAGUCCGUGCCCAGAUCGCUUUUCCGUCUUGCUGGUCGAUGAGCCCCUGGCCCUUUUCAGCGACUUCCUGGAGCGCUUCCAAAGCCUGUGCCUGCUGGAGCUUCAGCUGCCUUCGCUGAAACCAGAAGACCUCAAAAGCAUGUCCUUGACGGAAGAGAAGAUCAGCCUCCUCCUGCAGCUGAUUGAAGAGGGCGACUGCAAAACCGAGGGCGAGGGAACGCCCAUCAAGCGGCCUUCGGACCUUCUUCAGGUCCACAUCACUGCUUGCAUCCUGGCCCUCUGCGGCUGGACUGCCAGCCCUUCUGCCGGAUCCGUCCAUCUCCCCCUGAUCGCCUGUUGCCGCUGCAUGAGGAAGGUGGGGCUGUGGGCCUUUCAGCAGAUGGAGUCUGCCAUGCCGGAAACAGAGUCCCCCCUGGCCCUGACCGGCACUUCCAUCACACCUGUAGACGGGCGCCCCGACAAAGUCCCCGCGGUGCCCACGUCUCCACGCCGGAUGAUCACCCGAAGCCAAGACACCAGCUUCCCCCUGGGGGCUGAGCAGCCCGAGAAGAGCCCGUCCCCCGUGAUUGGCCGCGUGCGGAGCUUUGACAGCUCCAGUUCUGGGGAGCGCCCCGACGCUGAGGCCGCCAGCCCCCUCACCCGGAGCCGUCCCGUGACCCGCAGCAUGGGGCAAGGCGACGUCGGCGGCCUGGGGGCGGAGGUGCCCUCCAGCCCUCACCGGAGGGCCAAGCGCGCCCGGCUCUGCUCUUCCAGCAGCUCGGACUCGUCCGCCCGGAGUCUUUUCGACCCCCUCUCCCAGCACCGCGACUGGUGUCCCUGGGUCAACGCGGCCAAGGAGACGGUGGCCGGAGAAGGCCACGUGGAGGGGACGGCGGAUCUCGGCUGGCAGGUGGUCCUGAAGACUCUCCAGGCUUCCAGGUCUUCGGAUCGGCCGGCGGAGGCGGAGUCCGAGAAUCUCUCGGUGAAAUCCCGUAAGGUGUUCCGGAUUUUCCGGCAGUGGGAAACUACCUGUUCCUCCUGAGGGCUGUGGCCUUUGACGGCAUCGGGGAAAUGCGAAGAGCGAUCGAUGGGUCUUACCUCUUUCUAUUGAUGAAUAAGAGAGAGAGAGAAAGAGACUUUUUAUUUGCGUUGGGGCCACGUCUGCCCUGGGGAAAAAACUGCCUUUGCUCCAAAAGUGGGAACAGGAGCAAUAUUUGAGGACAGUGCCACUAUCACAAGCAAGGCGGUGUGUAAACAGCAGCCAGUGACGGCUCUUUCCAUUCCUUUUGGGUGAUGUACCUGAGCUUUUCACGACGGCUUUCCUUUGGAAUGGCCUGGAUGACUCAGCUGAGUGGCCGCGGGCCGUACUAUGUCCUUGCUUUAACAGCGUUGCAUCUACCUGCAAGAAAAGACGGGAGACGCCAGCAAACGCCUCAUGUUGCAUAUUUGAGUACGUCUUUGCUACUAAAAUUAAAUUGGUUCUGCGGUUGCAGCUCUCUUCCUCCUCCCCUGCUGCAAGGCAUGUUGGGCACCGUAAAUCUGUCAGGGGCCUAUGGGUACCUGGCAGGCCAUUCUCGGCACCUGUACAUGCAGCUCCCAUCAUUCUGGGGUGGGGAGGUACCCUUGGGGAGCUGUGACAUCUAAACGAAUAAAACCAAUUUUAAGUUUGUAA